UCAAAGCUAUAUGGCGGCGCCACAACAAAAAUUACAGCACUGAUCACUAUAUAUAUACAGCAUUGCAUUGCAUUGCAUUCAAAUUAACCAUUCCUCUUUAUUCAGUUCCUAAAUCAUGGCCCAAUCUCUGUCAUUCACAGUAAAGAGGCAUGCCCCUGAAUUUGUAAAGCCAUCAAAACCAACUCCCCAUACAAUAAAACUACUCUCAGAUGUAGAUGAUCAAGAUGGGUUACGUUUUCAAAUUCCUAUUAUACAAUUUUACAAAUAUGAUCCAAAUAUGAAAGGAAAAGACCCUGUUGAUGUUAUUAGAAAAGCACUUUCAAAAACACUUGUGUUUUAUUAUCCAUUUGCAGGUAGAUUGAGGGAAGUUCAUGCUAGGAAAGUUAUAGUUGAUUGUAAUGAUGAAGGUGUUUUGUUCAUUGAAGCUGAUGCUGAUGUUACUCUUGAAGAAUUUGGUGAUGCUCUUCAACCUCCUUUUCCUUGUUUGGAUGAACUUCUUUAUGAUGUUCCUGGUUCUUCAGAUGUGAUUAACACUCCAAUUCUGCUUAUUCAGGUAACACGCCUCAAAUGCGGUGGUUUCAUUUUUGCUAUUCGUCUAAACCAUAUAAUUAGCGAUGCAACUGGUUUGGUCCAAUUCAUGAAAGCUGUAGGCGAAAUUUCUCGCGGGAUGAACAUACCUUCAAUCUCACCAGUAUGGCGCCGAGAGCUUCUAAACGCAAGAGAUCCACCAAGAGUGACAUGUACUCAUCGUGAAUACGAACAAGUUCCCGACACCAAAGGAACCAUUGUCCACUUAGAUGAUAUGGUCCACCGCUCUUUUUUCUUUGGUCCCACUGAGUUAUCCGCACUCCGCCCUCAAUUUCCAUCUCACCUACAACAACAAUCCAGAUUCGAAAUUAUCACUGCAUGUCUUUGGCGUUGUCGUACAAUCGCAUUACAACCUGAAACCGACGAAGAAGUUCGCAUAAUUUGCAUAUAUAAUGCACGUGGUAAAUUUAAUCCACCAUUACCAAAAGGUUACUAUGGUAAUGCUUUCGCAUUUCCUGUUGCAAUUUCAACCGCAGGAAAAUUAAUCGAAAACCCAUUAGGGUAUGCAUUGGAUUUAAUUAAAAAAGCAAAAGCCGACGUCACUGAAGAAUAUAUGCAUUCAAUGGCGGACUUAAUGGUCAUCAAGGGUCGGCCUCAUUUUACUUCGGUGAGAAUGUAUUUAGUGUCUGAUGUUACACAUGUUGGACUUAGAGAUGUUGAUUUUGGUUGGGGAAAAGCUGUUUAUGGAGGACCAGCUCAUGGAGGAGUUGGUGUUGUACCUGGUCUUGCUAGCUUUUAUAUACCUUUUAAAAAUGCUAAAGGAGAGGAAGGUUUAGUUAUACCGGUUUGUUUGCCAAAUCAAGCCAUGAAGAGGUUCGUUAAAGAGUUGGAUAGUCUCCUUAAGAACAACAUUACCCUACCUACUAAUGGUGGUCUAAAAUCUAGUUUCAUUAUUUCUUCAUUGUAGACCUUAAUUAAGACUGUUGAUUUGAUUUUACUAUAUAUUGUUUUGUAUUAAAAUUUUCAUAACCAUGAUCACAAAUUAUUUUGUAUCAUUCCCAUUUUAUUUCAAAAUUCAAUAAAAAAAAACGCUCUGCUUGUUUUCCCCUUA